CUCUCAUUCCAAAAUUUUUCGUUCGACGCCCCCCUCUCACUCGCUCCCCCUUUUCCGGUGGUUCUGUAGCGCGUGAAAGCUGCAGCAUGAAGCAAAUUGUGACGAACCAAACCGUCAAAAUCCCGGAGGGAUUGACUGUUACAGUCAAAUCUCGAAGGGUUACUGUGAAGGGACCCAGAGGAACUCUCAAUCGCUCCUUCAAGCACUUGGCUCUCGAUAUCCGUAUGAUCAACCCACGACUCCUGAAGGUUGAGAAAUGGUUCGGUAAGAAGAAGGAGCUUGCAGCAGUCAGGACUGUCUGCUCUCACAUCACCAACAUGCUCAAGGGUGUGACCAGUGGGUACAUGUACAAAAUGCGUGCUGUGUAUGCCCAUUUCCCCAUUAACUGUGUCACCACGGAGAACAAUACGGUUAUUGAAAUCCGUAAUUUCCUUGGUGAGAAAUUCAUCAGGAGGGUGAAGAUGGCACCUGGAGUAACUGUUAGCAACUCGGCUAAGCAGAAGGACGAGCUGAUCCUCGAGGGAAACUCAUUGGAAGACGUUUCGCGAUCAGCUGCGCUUAUUCAACAGUCAACGACUGUCAAGAAUAAGGACAUAAGAAAGUUCUUGGAUGGUCUUUAUGUGUCAGAAAAGACGACUGUUGUCCAAGAAGAUGAAUAAAUGUUUCUUACAAUAAAUAUAAUUAACGAUAAA